AUGUUGUCAAGAAUCGUCUCUAACAAUGCAAUGCGUUCUGUGAUGUGCCAUCAAGCACAAGCGGGCAUUCUCUACAAGACUAAUCCAGUUAGAACUUAUGCUACUUUGAAAGAAGUGGAAAUGCGUUUGAAAUCCAUUAAAAAUAUCGAGAAAAUUACAAAGACUAUGAAGAUUGUCGCAUCUACCAGAUUAAGUAAAGCUGAAAAAGCUAAAAUUUCUGCCAAGAAGAUGGAUGAAGCUGAACAGUUAUUUUACAAGAACGCGGAAACCAAGAAUUUGGACGUCGAGGCCACCGAAUCCACCACUCCUAAAGAAUUGAUUGUUGCUAUCACCUCUGAUAAGGGAUUGUGUGGUUCCAUCCACUCUCAAUUGGCUAAAGCUGUAAGAAGACAUUUGAAUAAUCAGCCAAAUGCUGAUAUAGUUACCAUUGGUGAUAAAAUCAAAAUGCAACUUUUGAGAACAAAUCCUGACAACAUCAAGUUGUCUAUCAACGGUAUUGGUAAGGAUGCCCCAACUUUCCAAGAAUCUGCAUUAAUUGCUGAUAAAUUAUUGAGUAUAUUGAAAGCUGGUACCUAUCCAAAGAUCUCCAUUUUCUACAAUGAUCCAGUGUCUUCUAUAUCAUUUGAACCUGCCGAAAAACCAAUCUUCAACGCAAAGACCAUUGAACAGUCUCCAUCAUUUGGUAAAUUUGAAAUUGACGCAGACGCAAACGUCCCAACAGAUUUAUUUGAAUACACUUUGGCCAACCAAAUGUUGACAGCAAUGGCUCAAGGUUACGCUGCUGAGAUUUCUGCGAGAAGAAACGCUAUGGAUAACGCUUCCAAGAAUGCUGGUGACAUGAUCAACCGUUACUCUAUCUUGUAUAACAGAACAAGACAAGCUGUCAUUACUAAUGAAUUAGUUGAUAUUAUUACCGGUGCUUCCUCUUUGGGCUGA